UACACGAACUUAGUAUGUAGAUCCCCCGCGCCGUGUUAUAUCGAAUUCUAGAUCCUCCCGCGGCUUAGCGCUUGGAUUCCGAGGUGCAGAAGCUCGAUUUUCACCGCUGAUGUCCUCCCUGCCAGUAUCCUCCCUGAUUUAACAUAUGAUCUCAGCUCCGACGGGAUAUUAAUGUCUGGAUGCAGGAUGACUCGUCCGAUGUGUUUAUUAGGACAUAAAUGUCCCUCUUAUCAGAUUCCUUUCCUUUCAUCAAGCCGUCCUUUCGACGACUUUCGAAUUUCUCGUGUGGCGUGGUGCGUUGUUCGAGACGAAACACACCAGGCUCCGCGGCAACUUCCGAGACUCUUCUUGUCGUUUUCCUUCUUCAUUCAAAUUUGCACAUUCGAUGUGAAAUGGAACCCGACGGUUUCAAUCGCCGAUUCUGCUGCCUCGCAUGCGGAUUCAAGCAACGGACGUCAAGAUGUCCCUUCUCAGAUACUCUUAGUUCCUCGGUCAAAUCUGUUUAUGCCUCUUUUGACAAUGAACUAUGAUCAUCUGGCAUGGGAUCGGGCACCGCUGUCGGUUGACAUAGGCAGUUCAAGGUGUAACCCUCAUUUCGCUGGAUCAAACGUAACCUCGUUUAGUGUUUUUCUGAUUAAAUGGCGAUUCAAAAGAUCUUAUCUUGCUGGAUCAAAUGAUGAUUCUAAGUCCCAGCUUCGGACCAGCAUCGACGCUCAACCACUGAUAGCAAUCAAGAAAUAACUAUCGAGUCGCUGCCUUCCACGUCAUGAGCUGUAACUCGGACUGUCGCGGGCCCCGCUCAGCACUAGUGUUGUUCGCAUCCU